AUGACAAGUGGUGCAAAUUACUCAGGUUCUUACUUGUCCUCAAAACGAAGUUCUAAAAUAGAUGACAACUACUUGAAGGAAUUGAAUGAGGACUUAAAGCUGAGGAAGCAGGAACUUUUAGAUAUGUUAAAACCUCUAGAAAAUAAGAACAACCUCUUAUUCCAGAAGUUAAUGUCUAACUUGGAGGAAAAACAAAAAAGUUUGCAGAUCAUGAGGCAAAUCAUGGCAGGGAAAGGAUGUGAUGAAUCCUCCGUCAUGGACCUCAUUAAAGAAGCAGAGGAGAUGAAACAGAACCUGGAAAGGAAAAACAAGAUGCUUUGGAAGGAAAUGGAGUUGCUAUGGAACAAGACAUUAGAGACAGAAGAACUCCAUGAUCAACAAAAGACACCACAGAUAAAAACCAGGGCAGAUUUACAUGAUGGAAAGGCUCCCAAAUUCCCCUCAUCACCUAGGAAGAUCAAGAGUGAAAUGGAGGGGCUGGGGAUUGAACUGGAGACAUCAUUUGCAGAGAAAGUAAAGGAGAUAAGGAAGGAAAAGCAACAGAGGAAAAUGGAAUGGGUCAAGUAUCAGGAACAAGCCAACAUUCUUCAGAAUGACUUCCAUGGUAAAGUGAUUGAGCUGAGAAUUGAAGCCUUGAAGAACUACCAGAAGGCCAAUGAAUUGAAAUUAUCACUGUACUUACAACAGAAUUUUGCACCAAAGCAAACAUUUUUAAAUCUUCCAGGGUUCCAAGGUUCUAAGGGCACUACAACUAUGGGAAGAGCAACUACUGGCAGAAAUGAACUCAAUGUGAGAAUUCUGGGAUCAAAGACCUACAAUGCACAACAAGGAGCCAAAGGAAAUCAGUCUGAUGAUGCAGGAGGGAGGCUCUUAUUUCUGAGGUCACUGCCAAAGGAAGCUCUGAAGGAUUAA